GUAACUUCCGGGUUUAUAAAAGUUGUCAACAGUUUGCUAAAUAGAAAAACAUGUAGCUAGAUACUGAGACCACAACCGGUUCUUUUAUAGCUGAAUCAGAAAGCUACCCUUAUUUUUCCUGCAGCGAAAGAGAGACAGGGGAGGGAGGGAAGGACUGAAGACAGACGCCGCCGCCGCGGAAAGCAGAAGUAGCUAGUUACAGUAGUUAACUAGCUAGCUAGAAUGUUUAGCUAGCUAGCUAACUUGUAUUGUGAAAAGUAUCAAAGGGCUGGUGUGUGUGAUAACUCCAGCCUGCUGUCCCUCUACUGAUGCUGGUCUCUGUCUCGGCCGGGGCUCCAUGGAAGAGCUGCUAGCACAGUGCGGAACAAGGAACGGGACUGCAGCCGAUUCUCCUCACCCCUGCCCGGCCAAGCCCUCUGCCGGGUACGGUCCCUACUCAUCUCUCCGGUCCAACGGGAUAUUAUUACUGUGGGGUGAGCCUGGAAACGGGAGCUACGGCCGACAGAGCGAGCCUGCGAUGGGGCCAGAAAUGAGUGGGGGGAAGAAGAGGAGUGGCUUCCAGAUUACCAGUGUGACGUCAGACUACACCGGGAGCUCUGGGGAAGCCCCACCCCCUGUCCAGGCCUCUAGCCAAUCAAAUGCCUCCCUGCAGUCCUCCAGCCAAUCCACUGCUUCCUCCCAGCCUGGCCCCUCCCACCAGCAGGGAAGCUCCUCCCAGCCGACGACUCCUCUCUCUCUGAGGAAAUACAACUCACAAGAUGCUGUGGGGCAGGGCUCCAGGUUCCGAGUUGUCCGAUUGGGCCAUGGAGAACCCUAUCACCGGGGUCGAUGGACCUGCACAGACUUUCUGGAACGAGAGGAAGGGGUGGGGCUUAGAUGGGUGAUGGACAGCAUGAGACAUGCCCACUCUCUGGAGUCGCUGGAGGGGAUUGGUCUAGAGAGUGCAGGGGGAGGGGCUGGCGGCAGGCUGCUGGGACAAGUGCGCACUCUCAGGACGGGACACCUUGUGCACUCUCAGGGUACCUCCCACUUGCUGGCCCAGCCAAUAGGGUCAGAUGGGGAGGGGUUUGGAGGGCUGAAGCCCCUCCUCCACAGCGACCCGCCCUCCCCCACACAUCUGGAAAGAUUCAACUUACGAUUGGUGGACUCCAUGCCCCCCUUGCCCAGCCCCCGCCCACGGAACAUCCCACCCCCUCUACGCCUGGAUGUGGACGCUACCGGGAGGUCUCUAUUGAGAGUGUCUCAUUCCCAGCCCAGCUCCCCUGGACCCCCUCUACAGGGUAGAGAUGGUACUUUCCUACCCAGUCUGACUCCCAUCCAGACUUCUUCGGCCUGGUCCAUGUUCGGCUCCGGGGAGGCUGUCCAUCUGCCGGGGGACGACAGUGGGUCUAGCAGCAGCAUGAUCGCAAUAGACAACAAGAUCGAGCAAGCCAUGGACCUUGUAAAGACCCACCUGAUGCUGGCGGUCAGAGAGGAAGUGGAGUCGCUAUGGGAACAGAUUAAAGAACUAUCAGAAAGGAACGCCCAGCUGGAGAGAGAGAACUAUAUCCUCAGGACUCUGAGAGACAGAGACUGACACACCAACAGCAUGUUAAACUCCUGUAAUGAUCACUCUGUUGUUGAAAUCAUUAAGACCUGUAACAUGACUGAUGAUGAAGAGUGAUUCUCUCUAACUGCAGAAAACAAUAAUAAAUAACUGUUACUAAA